UUUUGUCAUAAAUUGGAUUUAUUUAUAUUUAUUUCUUUAUAUGCUAUGUUUCAAACUCAUACGAUGAGCAGCAACAACAACAGAAAACAAAAAAAGGAGAAAUAAAGGCUUAAUUUAGGACUUUUUAAAUACAUUUUACACCUUAGUGGGUUUCAAAAAUCUCCAAAAUGAAACCAGAAACACAAAUAUGAAAACAAAAUCGUCACAUUCUGCUUGAUCCAGGAACAUAUCAGGUAAAAUAAUUGAUUUUUUCAAGAAAAAAAUAAACAAAAAUGAAGUUAAGAUCAAGGUGUUUCAUGAAAAUCAUUUUAAUUUAAGUUUUAAAUUUAGACCAACAGUCGUGACAAUAAAACCUACUUGAUGAAUAAAUAAAGUCAGCAUGGCUCAGAAACAGUGAACAGAGGAGUUAAAGUAGUUGGAGAUACAUUCAUCAUGGUGAAACAUCUUUUCUAACUGACUUGAAACACGUCCAAGAUGACAAAAACAUGUCCAAAUGACUUCAGUUUUGUCAAAAACAACAAAGACUUGGACAUAAUGACUUGGAAUGUGUUCAGAUUUUCUUCAAAAUUCUAAAAACUUGUCUAAAAGAACAAAAAAAUAUAUCUAAAAUGAUUCAAAACACAUCCAAAGCUCAUCUAAACUUAGUUGAAAAAUGACAAAAUCUUGCCCAAAAUGACUUGAAACUUGUCUAAAAUAAGAAAAAUCUGUCUAGAAUGAUGUGAAAUUUGUUCAAAUGUGUCCAAAAAGGCAAAAACACAUUCAUUGUGACUCAAUAAAAUAAAUGCAGCAUGGCUCAGAAACGGUCAACAGAGGAGGAAGUAGUUGGAGAUACAUUCAGCAUGGUGAAACAUCUCUUGCAAACUUUUCCAGUGGACUUGAAUCUCUUCCAGAAUGACUUUAAAUGUGUCUAGAACUAUAAAAACGUUGUCUAAAUUAUUCCAAAAUUGUCCGAUAUGACUCCAUAAUUGUCCAAAAAAUAACUAAAUCCUGUCAAAAACAACUUGAAACCUUUCAUAAAACCAAAAAUGUUCCAAAUGACUUGAGAAUUGUCCAACGUAUUCUCAGGAAGUCCUUGAAAUUACACAGAAAUUGUCCAAAAAGACAAAUAUUUGAAUAUAAUGAUUUGAAACUCAUCCAAAAAACUCAAAAUGUGUUUGAAUUGUCUCUCAAUUUUAACCAAAACGAUAAAAAAUGUCCAAAAAUAUUUAAUAAAUUGUCCAAAAUAACUAAAAAAAAUGACCAGAAAUUUGUUUGAAAUGACAGAAAGUCCAAAAUGACUUUAAAAAUUAUGAGUGGAGUUAAAUCUAGAAGGCUUGUUGUAGAAAAAAUUGUAAACAUAAAUAUCUUCAGCUGAGGUUUAUUAUUAUUUCUACUGUUGGAGCCCUGGACUUGUUGAUUUCAUGAUUUUCAUUUUUUAUUUCUGGUAUGAUUUAAAUAAAUCCAUCUUUUUAAUGACUGUUUUUUUUCUCCUUCCUCGGCUGUUAAAAGGCGGUUUGUUGUGUUUUGGACCCUCUCACCGCCUGUAGUUCCACCAGCGACCAGGCGGCGGCGCUGUUUCCUCGGCUGCUGAACUGCCUCUAUAUGCUGAAGGACUAUGUUGUAAAAAUCUUUCAAACUGUUUCUCUGUGCCGUUUCUCGGGCUUUCCGGGGCUCCUCUCGGUGGUUUCGGGGCCCGUGUGAGCGCCGGUGCCCGCCUACGGCCGGACCGGGCCGGGUUGGACCUUCUCCGGCUGCGGCUCGAGCGGUUUUCUGCUCCUGGCUGGAGGUUUGAGACCAAGUUAGCUCAACAGCUAAUCCGAAAAGUCACGUCAGCGACACGGACUCGAAUUAAAAGUUUACCGGUGGAGUCGGAACGACCGGCGAAGUGUCGCUUAUCUGCUGUUAGCGAACUCUGUCCCGGAGGUUUAGCGCGCCGUUUUUUCUCGGUUUAACGCGGCCGUUAAUUUGCGGUUCAGACCGCCGUAAGUGAAGCGGAGCUGCGGGGAUACGGGACGGACCGGCCCGCAGACACACAAGGAUAAGGUGUUGGUCGGAGGGAGAUGCGGUAGAGAGCAGACAGCUUCGGUGUUCAGCCCGCUGACUCGGCGGCUCCGGGUUUGCGGCCAGUGAGGCCUGCGGGUCAGGCUUCCACCAGGCUCGAGUAGAGCCCGACGCCGCCGUCGGCAGGUCGAAGGCCGGCAGUUGACGCCGCCACCGCCGGGCCUGCGCACCGAGGUAUGGAACGGAUGGAAGUGGACCAGUGCGCAGGCGCAGCUGGCGGGGCGGGAGGCGGGGCUCUCCGCAGGUCGAACAGUGCCCCCAUGAUCACCAGUGUCAGCGAUGGGAUGACUGUCUUCAGUCCCGUGUCUUCGGCUCGAUACCGACGAAGCAGCGUCUCCAUCAACCCCAGCUGCCCUUCACAGCUCGUCCCUUUAUCUCCUUUCUCUCUGACCGGAGAUCGACUCAACCAGAAGAGGCAGGAGGAGAACAUGGAGAUGACGCUCAGAGGGAGUCUGCAGAGACUCAGUCCUUCCAGUCUGAUCCCAGUUCCUCCAGUCCAGUGGCAUGACCACACAUCAGUGUGGUUUCCGUCGCAGGACAGCGGCAUCACUCCCAACUCUUCCCCGAGUCCCACGAGGAGGUUCAGACCUGCAGUCAGCGCCACCGUCAGGUGGCCGGCGUUAACGCCCCUCAAGAGAAAAGGAGGGGUGGAGUCUGACGGACCCCCGAAGAAGCUUUUUGUUGCCGGGGUAACAGACCCCGCCCUCCGCAGCAGCUACACAGUCAGCGUCUCCCAGGCGACGGCCGACUCCCCCCCAGCAGGGGGCGCCAGUCCUCAGUCCGGCCAUCUAUCUCUGUCUCCUCCCCCGUCCUUCACCCCCUUCACCUCCCACCAGCACCCGGGACACUGAGGCCCCGCCCACCCGCCACCUGGGCCACCACCAGCACUUCCUGUUUCUGCUCCAAUCACCUGCCAGUGUCACUGUAAGUCCCGCCUCCUCACCGCCGCCUCACCUGACUGACAGACGAUGCCUUUGGCUGGUUUGAGUUUCACUUUGUUCGGAUAGUUUUUAUUUUUCUAAAAAGCUCUAGACAGAUUUUUUUUUUCUGGAAGUUUCUGAUCUGGAGAAGAUUCUUCAUCAACAUCCUGAUCGGACUGAAGGAGAAGAGGAUUGUGGGUAACCGUAGGUAAACCUGAACACCAAACAAGCUGAGGUUUACUUCCUGAAUGGGUUCAAAUCGAACCUCUCGGAGGUUCUGAUGAGUUCUCGGGUUGUUACCGAGGCGAUGAUCCCAGACUAACAGAACAAAACCUGACAGCGGGACUUUGGUUCUGGAGCAUCGACGGUUCAAUCCUCCCAUUUGUUCUCUUUAGAGGAGCGUCUUGGACUUCCAGCUCAUCAUUCCCAAACAAAGACCCUGAACGUAUCUUCUUCCAAACCCUCAGUCGUGAAGCUCUCUGGUUCCUCUUUCAGUGAAAUUCUGAACAAAGCUUCAGUCCUCGAAGGCUUUUUGUGUUUUAGCGAAAAUCUCGUCCCGUUGACUGAAUGUCGGCUCGGCGUCGGUGAUUGUUGUGGAUGUUCUCGGUGUAGCAGGAUGGCAGCAGCUUGUCUGAGUGUUAAUAGUGUAUCUAUAUGUGAAUACCUUCCUCAGCCUGCAGGGUUUAAAUGUACAUAGUGAAUCUUCCUCCUCUUGAGCUGCAUUUAUACUUUUUAUUCUUCUCUCCGACUGACUUCAGCCCGUUCUACUCCACAUCGUUCUCCAGAAAUAUGAAGAUCACAUGCUUAUCGAGAUCAUCUGAUUGGUUAAAGACAGUUUAAAUGUGGAAAAAACCCCAGAAACCAGAACCGUACGUCCAACUCUGGAAUCUGUUUUAGGGUCGAUGGUAAAUCUGAGAGUAAUUCACUGUUAUCAGUCCUGAAAUGUUGUUUUUUUAAGAGUCGGUAUCGAUUAUUAGCAACCAAGGAGACCAAUAACACAAACUUCAACACAAAACUUUGUUGAACUGCCUUUUUGAAAGUUACACUAUCAUUCAAAAGUUUGGGGUCACUUAGAAAUGUCCAAACUGGUUGAUUUCUGGUAGUUUUGAGCUGAACCAGACGUUUUAACAUCAGUUUACUUAAUGUGAUUUUGCACAUUUUUACCACGUCGUGUUCCAAACUGUUACUGGUAAAUACCCGUGAUGUUGUCGUAUGAUCUGUCGGCCCCUGUUCUAGUUUAAUGGCUUUAUUCUGAAAGCAAAGGACCUUCUAAUGGAGCACAGUUAGAUCUGUGGUGAAACUACAGUCUGUUUAAAGUAACUUGAAACUGAUCCAAAAAGAUUUAAAUUGUCAAGAAUUACCUAAAAUGUGUCCAGAAUGACUCAAAAAUCAGUUUAACCAAAGAAAAAUGUGCCGACAUUCAGUCAGAAGAAACGCAUCCGUCUGGUCGGACUGGUCCAAAGUGGUAAAAUGUAGGGGUGUUCUGUUCCUCCAGACAUAUUGGAUUAAUCCUGGACAGCUGCUGAUGCUGAACUCGACUAAACCAUAUGGACACCACAGACCAGUGGAACAUGGUCCAGCUGUAGAGGCUCACUACUAGAUGUUUGCCAUCAGGUUCCUUCAGACGUUCUUCACUAAGAUUUCCCCAACGAGCUGCAGUUCGCCAGCCUGGAUCUGAAUGUUUUGCCUUGAUAGAAGUUGAGCACAAAGUCGACUUCCUGGAGUCUCGGGGUCGGCGGAGAGUCGGCGGAGAGUCGGACGGUUGCAGUUCUGCUUCCAACUUUAGCACUUUGACAGUUUGUACAGUUUUGUACUUUCACUCAUCGUUGUGCCUGAACAUGUCGUCAUUUUGGAGGAUUCAAACGUCUGAUCCGAGGUUUUACCGAUGUCCCACCUUCACCUGUGAGGUGUGUUUGAACGUCUCUAUAAGCUGUUUCCAUUCAAGUGUCUUUAUUCUCCACUGAAGAGUCACUCCAAACACUUCCUCAGCGGCAGGUUUGAUGUAAUGUUUCCAAACUUUGCACAGUUAGACCAUUUGAAUCUUUCUGUUACAUGAUCGUGUAAGAAAUGCUGUUGAGUUUUUAUGCUUUUUCUUUUUGUUUUCUUGCUUUAUUUCUUGAACGUUACUUUCUGAGAGUCUGUCCCGUUUCAGAGUUUUAGUUGGGAGUGAAAAUACGGCUUUAAAAUAUCCAGUUGCAGCACAAAAAGUAGAAAUCUCUCCAGAUAUCUACACACAAUAAAGACCUAUAUAUUCAAAUAUGUUAUAUUAAAAAGGAAAAAUUAUGGGCUGAUUGUUUAUGAAUUCCAGAAAGAUAUUUUACAGACUAGUUAACGGCUGACUGAGGACACCACCUGACUCCGCACCACCGUCUGCUCUGCUGCAUGCGCUGCAGACUGCAUCAUCACACCGUUUUUAAAUUAGCAUCUUUUACUGAAUUAUAUUUUCUUAUAAAAGUUGUCAUUUACAUAUGUUAUUGGUAGAUCUGUGAUAGAACGUAUUGACAUCACACAGGUGUGGAUUGAAAUUUUUCUGACACCUAAACUUCACCGUACGAAUAAAAUCUACUUUUAUUGAACAACAGAAGCCAAAGUUGUGGAAGCAAUGGUCUAAAGGGUAUUUUGGGAUAUUUUGCUUCCAGAACUUUUCUUCCUUCAGACCGAUAGAAAAACAAAUCCAAAAUACACAUUUAGAUGUUUAUAUUAGUUUAGUUUAUUGGACAUUUAUGUGAAUGAUGUAUUUUUAUGAAGGUUGUGCCUCAUUUGUUUCCAUAAACAUACAGUUUCAGAAAGCCUCUAAUAGGAAAAGUGCAAAUAAUCAACUGAUUAGUAGUUAAAUCCACCUCAGCAGCAGCUACAGACACCAAACUUUCCCAUUUUAUUCCUUUUUUAAGGGAUUUAUUUCAUUUUGCGAAAGAUAAAUGAAUGUUCUGCUGCUGAUAUGAGAAGAUAAACUGUUCUGAGAUGGAAACAUGAGAGGGCUGAUAUCAACAUCGUCUGCAUACGUGUUGACAUCAGCCCUCUCAUGUUUACAUCUCAGAACACUUCUCAUAUCAGCAGCAGAACAUUCAUUUAUGUUUUAGAACAGAAAUGAUCUUCAGAGAUUAAAGCUAGAACUGGUGGUGCAGGUUGUGAGGUUCUAGUAACGGACAGACUCUGAACUGAGACGUUCCUCAGAGGUAACGACAAGCUGCCAAACUCAUGUCGCUGUACAGACACAAACUGUAGCUUUAAGACGUGUUAUUUUGAACUUUGCACAUUUAGAACCCGUUCUGUCAGCGUCCACAUAUGAAGAGACAAAACAGUUUUCAUGUAGCCACAUCAAAAUGUGACAAGAACGUUGUAGUUUCUGCUUCACAGAACGUUUUCAAGCCAAAAAUUAUUCUACGUGUGCAGCAGAUUGUAGGAGGAAGAGUGUUCUCAGUGUUCUUUAAAUGUUCUUUAAAGUGUCCCGUCAUGUUCUCAGAGAACAUCACAGGUUUAGGAUCGGAUUGUCGGGUUCUCCCAGCUGUCAGGGAACGUUCCCACAACAUUGGUUACAUUGCCUACAAGUUCUAAUAACUUCACACAGAAAAUGUUUUAACCAAAUCUCCAAAGUUUUAAGAAGAUUCCAAGUUCCUAAAAUGUUCUUCUAAAGUUAUAACAUUUUAAUGUCAACAUUCAGAGGAUGUUGUCAGGAACACAGAUUAUGUUCCAAGAAGGAAUGUUCUCACACCAACAUUCAAAGAAUGUUUUUCAGACGUUAUCGAAGCCUCAGAGGAUUUUUGUAAAACGUUCUUGUAAUGUGAUGAAUUGACAAAGGUGGAACAUUCUGCCUGCAAUGUUCUGAGGAUGUUGUUGAAGAACAUAUUAUAGAAUGUUCUUCAAUCAUUCUCCAAUGUCCCUUUGACAACAAAGUAAGAACGUUCUCAAAACAACAUUCAAAAAAUGUUUUUCAGAUGUUAUCGAGGCCUCAGAUGACAGAAUGUUUUUUCACAAAACGUUUUAUAACGUUCUUGUAAUGUGAUAUAUUAAAAGUAGAGCACACAUUACAGAACGUUCUUUUACAGAAUGUUUCCCCAAUGAUAAUAAAAGAGGAAUGUUCUCAAUGCAACAUUUAGAAAAUGUUUUCAAGCUGUCAUCGAAGUGGCAGGUGACAGAACGUUCCUGUACUAUGAUAUAUUAACAAAGGUGGAACAUUGUAGCUACAAUGUUCUGGGGAUGUGAAACAAAAAAUCUCUAAAACAUUUCCACAAUGUUCCAUAAUGUGCAACAGUCAGUUUUGAGAACGUUGUAGCGUAAUGGUCUAACAAUGUUCUUACCAAAUGUUUUUAGUUAAACUUCAUUUAAGAAGAACAUUCUGGAAACUAAAAUGGUGAAAACAUUGGUAGCAGAACUUUGAAUGUUUUUGGAACUAGAACCUCUGAUAGUACUUAGAAGGUUUUAGAACUUCAGUCACACUGUGUUUUUUGAGUUUUAUCUUCUGGCUCCAACGUUCCUCCUGAAACAUCAGAGCUUCAGCUGCUUCGUCUUUGAUUCCUAGAGACUGAAGCGUUCCGUUGGACGUUCUUACUGUGAGUUUAUUACAGACUUUCUUUAUCUUCUUCCGCCUGGUGACGAAAGAACCAUUGACGUUCUGUUUGUUCCUCAUAGCGAGAAACCAGUUUUAUCAGUAUUAAAGCCACAUUUCACUCUGGCAGAACGCUGUGAUUUCACCAUUCAAAGAAAAACAUCUGUAGAAGAUUCAGUCCAAUGAUCGGAGAACCGUUCUAUGGUUCUAAUCACAUGCUCUGUCUGUUUUUACAGAUUAAUGCAUCGUUUUUGUUGACUGAGACAAACACCACAAAUCACAUCCAAAAAAUGUCUGCAAAUAUUGAGGUACAUUGUGGUCGAUGUUUAGUCCUUGAGGUUCCUUCCAACUAGCAGGGAACGUUUCCACAACAUUAAUUAACAUUAUCUACAAGUUCUAAUCAUGUCUAGAACUUGAUUAGUUUCAAAGUUUAAAUCCAAUGUUUAAAAAAACUUUUUAAAUAUAUUUAUCAUUUUAAAUAAUGUUCUGUGUCUGUGAGGUUAAAAUGGAGCUAAGAACAGUAGAACGUUCCUGUAAUGUGAUUUAUUAGCAAAGAUGGAACAAUAACCCCGUAAUGUUCUCUGAUGUUUUGAGGAAAUAUAUUAUACAACGUUCUUCCAGAAAACGCUCCCACAGUGUCGCGUGGUAACAAAAGAACGUUCUCAAUGCAACGUGCAGUUUUAAGAACAUUAAGGCCAACAGUCCAACAAUGUCAUGGACAAACAUUUUUAGAACGUGUUAAGAGAACAUUAUCCUGCCUUUAAGAAGAACAUUCUCAGGACUAGAACCAACCUUCAGCUGAAACUCUGUAGAAUGUUCUCAGAAUGUUUUAAAAAAAAUAUUUCCAAAAAUCUGCCUUUGAGCUUAAAAGCAAACUAAGAUGGAACAUUUUAACAUUAAGAGGAUGUUUGGAAAACACUGUCAUUAUGUUCCAUGACAACAAAGGAAGAACGUUCAGGAAUGUUGUCCAGGUGUUAUCGAUUUCUCAGACGACAGAACUUUCUGGAUAAAAACGUUCCAGUAAUCUGAAUUUUUAGAAAAGCUGGAACAUUUUGCCUGACGUUCUCCAAUAAAACCCAAAGUGAGAAUAAAUGAGAAUAAAUCAAUGUUUGCAAAACUUUCUGAGAACGUUAUCACCGAACACCUUUAGAACAUCUUCAGAGAACAAUAUCCUGCCCUAAAGGAGGAGCUUUGGUAAAAAGCAGCUGGACUUCAUUUUCAGGUUCUUGAAGACAUCUUAACUUCGAUUCUUCAAGAACCUAAAAGUUCCAUCCAGGUCAGGAUGAUGUGAGGAGAUUAUUUGUCUCCGUCGCCUAAAACAAUGCAUUAAUAACUGACGAGAGUCCAACUAUUCUUCCAAAGGAGAGAACGGAACUAGAACCGCUGAAAUGUUUUUAUUGGAGAACAAACCUUAAACUGAGGUCUGAUUUUUAGUCUUUUCCAGAACUUUGAACGGCAUCUUAAGCUCAGAAUGGAACCACGUCUGGGUUUCAUGAGCAGCGUUUUACUAAAGUUAUUUACACAUCAGCCACAUUAAAACAAGAGAAAAAUGACUCUUAGUUUCUCAAUUUCUCGCCUGAAUUCGCACCGAAAACUUUCAUCAAUCAUUUUGUUAAUCAGCAGAUCAACCUCCGUAAUUCUCCAGCAGAAAAAAGUUCAGAGAAAACAGAUAAGUUAGCAAUAAUGGAAUAAAACCGACAUAAAAUCAUGAACUAUCAUCUGUUUGCUGAAAUAUGUUUGAAAUUAUUGACAGAAUUUUUACUUUCGUCAAAGUUCACACGUAAAACUGAUCUUAUGAUCCGUUGAUCAGCUGACUGAAGACCAGGAGAUCUGGUUGAAAGUUCUGGAAAGACUAAGAUCUGGACCUUCAGUGUGUCGUUAUUGAGUUUUCUGACAAUCAGAACGGCGUGAUUUCAAAGUGUUUGAUAUUUUCUGAGUUAUGCUAAAUACUAAAUACAACUGAACCGAACCGUGCUUUAGUUUUAGUGCAUUUCUGUUCUACCAAAAACACUUUUUCUCGAUAAACUGAACAUUGCACCAGGCAGAAAUGAAAGCAAGCACUUUAAAUUGAUGAAAUCGACGCUCCAUGUUUUUUUUUUUUUUUUUUUUUGUAUUUAAUGCAUCGCCAGAAGUUCACAGUUUAUCAGAUUUGGUUGGAAACUAACGGCGAUCUACCAGAGUGAGAGCCGACUUUAAAAAGGGCUGCUAGCGUUUGAUGGGAGGCGACGAAGCGAACUAGAAGCACAUCUGUAGAAGCAACUUUUCACACUGUAAAUACAAAAAAAAGUUUCUUCUUUCUUUUACGCAACACAAAACCAGAUGUAUUUUUAUGCAAGUGAAAAAUCAAAAGUCUAUAUUCAAGUGUUCAUUCCCUCGUGACGAUCGCAUGGCUGUAAAAAAAGAUGCAGAAUGACUUUAGUUUUUAGUGGAACCUCUUCAUGUACACUCUAUAAAUAUUGUAUAUGAAAACUAUCAAUAAAACAAAGAUGUACCUUCA